AAGUUCUUGUGGUUUGUUUUUUGUGUUUAAUCAGUCAUUAACAGAAAAGUACGGAGCAGGGCGGUGGUUAGGUGAGUAUUUCGAAUCAUUGCACUGCCCCGGGCGAGGCCGGGGCGGAGGCGGAGCUGUCCCGCUCCCUUUCCGGCCCGGCGGCUCCUCCGCGCCGCCCCUUCCUUCCCGCCGGAGCGCGCGCGGUUCCAAAGGCGGCGGGAACGGGAGCGGCAGCGGCGGCUGCCCUGAGGCAGGGCAGAGGCUGCCCUGAGGGAGAGCGGGAGCGGCGGCUGCCCUGAGGCAGGGCAGAGGCUGCCCUGAGGGAGAGCGGGAGCGGCGGCUGCCCUGAGGGAGCGGGAUCCUGCGGGAGAGGAGCUGCGGCAGCAGAGCCAAGGUAUCGGCGUGAACUGCAGCGUCCAGCGAAAUGUCCUCAAAGAAGAAAAUAAAGAAGAAUCAUACCAGCUCUAAGCGAGGGGAGCACAAAGCCAACUCCAAUCUUCAUUGGAAAUCACUUCCAUUUGAGGAACCAGAUGUCUCAAGGAUAUCGAAGGUAGCAGAAACAAAUCAACUUGAGGAGCUUGAUGAUUCCUUUGAUCACCCUUUGCACAGUACUGCUGUGGAUGCUUAUGGAGAGGAACACGCACAGAACGAGACAUUUGGUUGUGUUUCGGCACCACAGAGGCAAAAUACAGACGGACGGUCCGGUGGAAAACAGAUAAAAUUUAAAAAGCCGCAUCACUCAAAGCCCCCCGGUGGUGAUGUUCAGAAAUUCAACAUGGCUGAUGCUGGAGAGGAACCCCUUAAGGAGACUGUGGAGACUGUAAAUACUGUUCAAUUCCAGCCAAAAAAGAAGAAGCCUUCUGAAGAGAAUACAUCAGAUCCUUCUGUGGAUAGCCCACAUUCUGUACAGAUGUGGUGUCCCAAAGAGCUGAAGAGAUCUCCUAGAGAUAUUACAGAGCUGGAUGUUGUUCUGGCCAAAGUUGAGAAGAUAGCAGCAAAUUACAAACAAAGCAUAGAAUCAAACAUUUGCAGAAGGGCUAUCGAUGACUUGACUUCUGCUUUCAAGGACCAAAUCACUGAUCUUAUAGCAGGAGUCCAGGAAUUAAGGAAUAUGAAGAAAAAAAAUGCUAAGGCAAUGACAAACAUCAAAAAGAAAAGGCAGCAUCUGGUGCAAGUCAGAGAAGAGCUAACUGGAGCUGAACUGCAACUGACACAACUACAGAAAGAAUAUGCUGAGAUACAGGAAAGGAAAUCUUCCUUGAGGCAAACAGUUGAAUUAAUUACUGAUUUAAAGGAGUUACAGCAAGACUGUUUGGAUUACAGAGAAGACAACCCAAAAGGAAAAGUGGUAAAGCAACUUGAGAAUCACUGCUGAACUUUAGUGUGGCAUGUCAUUCUUUUUUCUGGUCUCAUGUUAGAAGCCAAAGUAUUUCAGAGAAGAUUCUGCUGCCUUGCUCUCAAUAUCCAGGAAUACAAAGGACACAGAAAUGAAACAGUUGUACUUUUUUUAUAGAAAGUGAAGAUUAACAGAAGUGGGACAGGAAGUAAUUAAUUUUUUGUGUUGUUAUUGUUCAAAAGUAGGGAAAGCUCUGGCACUUCCAUGUGAGAUAUUUAAUGCUGAGAACAGUGCUGGUAUUUCAUGACCAGAAUAACUUCUCAUGUAGCCUUAGAACCAACUCCUUUUGUACCCAGGACCUGGUGUGGUAUUUUCUGUGGUGGACAAGGCUUACACCCUGCCAUGUGUAAGGGAAGUCCUCACAUUUCAGAAGACACUCUGAUUUUGGCUGUUGUUCACUUUAAAGGUCAUGUUGCACCAUUUUAGACAGAGGAAAAAUAAAUACUGAUAUACAAGUGAUUUUUCCAAGAGUUAAAAUGUUGCCUUGUAAUUUUAUUUCCUUAUCAACAGUAUGGAACUUCCAGCCUCCCUGCUCUUCUGAUGGAGUCUCGGAGAAUUCUAGGAGCAGAAAAGCACUUUAAGAGUAUCAAUAUGAA